UUUAUAACCUCUGCUUUUUGCCUAGUAUGAGAUGAAUAAUGACGUUCUCCUUAAUAUUGCAAAGUAUGAGAGGCGGCUGCCUAUCAAUCUUAUUUCAACAAAUACAUUGGAGUGUUAUGAAUCAUUCAAGAAUUUCAUGAAAACAACUGGAAAUGGAAUUCUACAAAACAUUGAAAGCCUGCACCUGCCGUCCACAGGAUUUGAAGAAAAAUUGCAAACAAUCUUGGGCUCCAUCUUGAAACUAACGAGAUUGAAAACUUUGGUUUAUAAAGGUAGAAAAGAGGACAACAAUGGGAAGAUUAUUAAAGGGGAUAUUGCAAACCUUCCAAGGAACAUGCAAAAGCUGAUAUGUUUAACUUAUCUGGAUCUGAGCUUUAAUGACAUUAACAUUUUUCCAGCUUGGAUUUUAAACUUGAAAAAUUUACAAAGAUUACAGAUGAGUUUUUGUGCCUUAAAAGAGAUUCCUGCUGAAAUCAGUGUCUUGUCGAUGUUGAAAGAAAUUCACAUGAAAGAAAAUCAAUUGUCAACAUUGCCAGAAAGUUUUUUCUCACUUCAAAACCUGAACGUAUUGAAUUUGUCAAAUAAUAAAUUUACGGAAAUUCCAUUAGCAUUAUUCGAAUUACAAAACUUGUCAACCUUGGAUUUGUCUGAAAAUUUGAUUGGUGGCUGUGUCGCUUCUUCUAAACGUUGGAGAAAUUUGAAAAGUUUGAAACUGAGAAACAAUGAAAUAGUUACGGUUGAUGCUGACUUUGUUAAUUCAACUUCGUUGAAUUGUCUUGAUCUCCGCUUCAAUAAAAUAAGAAUCGUUUCCUCUCUGCUGAUUGAAAAAGAUUUCAUACUUUUGGAUGGAAAUCCCAUCGGAUAUAAUUCCCCGAAAAAAGAAGACAGAGAUCUGCUGGAUUUCUACAAAGUCCCUGCAUUUGCAAUGGAAAAUGAUACUUGUUGUAUGAAAGUCGAAAUAGAAACAGGAGCUCAAUUUCAACUCCCGUGCGGAAUCGAUAUUGUUGUGCCAAAGAAUGCUUGUGCAGUUAAUAUUAUCUUGUAUUCUCAGCUUGUUCCUGAUGCUGAUGUUGACUUCAGACUGGAGGACAUGGAUGUAUUACUAAGUGGGGUAUUAGAACUCUCUCCGGACGGAUUGACUUUUGAUAAUCCAAUCAAACUAUCAAUACCCUACUCAUUUGAGAGACAUGACCAACAAACAAGGGAGAUUGUAAUCAGGGUGAUGUCAGCAGAUGGCUCUACUGAAGAUUUAGAAACUCAAACAAUAAAAGAAAACAAUGGAGAACGAAACAUGAACAUUGCCGAAGCAUAUACCUCACAUUUUUGCCUAUUUGGUGUUGUAGCUAGAGUAAUGGAAGCUAGUACAAUUUUACAAGAGGACAGUCAACAUCUUCUUUUUUCUCCCGCUUUUCCAAGAACAAAAUUAAAAUUUGAAGAAGGAUCUGUGAACAAUGGUACCAAAGUUACUAUGAAGGUUAUCAACAUGGAUUCGACAAUUGUUGAAGAAAUCUCACAAAGUCAAACUGCAAUUGCAAGUUGUAUUUUAUCUGUUCAAGUGUUUCCACCCGAAACUGUUUUCAAAAAACCUGUAAUUGUUCGUCUUGCAUUACCAGAUAAACUACUUGGAAAGGAAUUCGAUCACAACACAUUGAAGUUAAUGAAAUGUGCUCAUGAUUCCAUCGAGUGGCAAGAUGUAACUCAUGCGACCCCACUCAAUAUUUCUGCCGUUGAUGUUUCAUUCCAAGUACACUCAUUCUCCAAGUUUGUCCUUGUCACAGAAAUUUUCUGUGGAGUUGUUCGUUAUAUUUACAGACGUCUCAGGACUCAUAAAGUUCAGUUUCUAGCUAUGCAGAAACAUUCAUUGCCAACCCAAGUACUUGCACAAUGUGUGCUUGAAAAGAAAGUUCCUGAACGGGUAAAGCAACUGACGGAAUCUGGUUAUUCUGGUGAAGAUUCAGUAACUCCAGUGCAAGAAAUAAUGGAGGGUGCUGUAUUUAAAAUGAAGGUAAUUGGGGAUGUCAAACUGCAAACAUUUAAAGAAAAAGUUGCUCAACACGUUCAAGAAAAACUUGUAGUCUGCAGAUUCUUUUCGCAAUAUCCUCCUGAUAAAAAGGGAUUUUCUAGAUUUUUCAUUGAAUCAAGAGAAGAAAAUAAAAAAUUUCACACUGGAUUUGUUUCCUUUUAUAAAGUAGACAACGAAGAAGAAAAAGUUACUAAAAUAGCUGCUAGAAAAGACCUACCAUCAUUUUCGCCUCCUGAAAUUACGAAGCAGAAACGAAAAGCAGAAUCUGGGGAUAAUAAUUUAGUGAUCAAUAACACAAGUAAUAAUAGAAAAGAAAUUAUUGAAAUCGACUCUGGUGAUGAGUUUGAUGAUGACAAUCAUUUAGGAGAUAUUCCUAUUGUAUUGCAAGGUGAUGGAUUAGAUCCAACUAUCAAUCAAAGCAGACAAAUGGACUUGGACUAUGGAGGAUUAGGAACUGGAAUGUUCAGGGAAGACAAUUUACGAUAUCUUUCAAAUCAUAUUGGAAAAGAAUGGAGAGAAAUAGGAACCUUCCUCGACUUAAAUUCUGCGCAACUUGACCGAAUUGAAAUGAACAAUCCUGGAAAUUUGUCAGAACAAAUUUUUCGAAUGCUGAAAUCUUGGUCUGACCUGCACAAAGCUGAUGAAGAUUGUAUUGAAAGGUUCACAACAGGUUUGUCAGAAGCUGGUAGGAAUGAUCUUGCAUUGAAAGUCAAAUCUUUGUAUGAAGAAGGAACAAAGGAAUUCCAUAACUCUGUCAAAAGUAUGAGGAUCGGAUAAUGGAAAAUAAAAAAAAGGUCCUAGAACAAUGCCUUUGUGAUGUACCGUCAUUGUAUUGAAAAAUUUUGAAUUUCUGCUAUUUCAUUCACCUCUGUCUCAUAAGGUCUUCUAUUUAUAUGUCUUUGAAAACGUGGAUUACCCAAUUCUUAAUCAAAACACAAUGAUGCAUGGCACUGCCCUACUUUGUCAAUCUCCCUUUUUCUCAGUCAACCAAAACUGCCAUUUUGAUAUCAGUUGUUUUCUGCACUAUGCAUUUUUUACUUUUUUAACCGUUUUAGCAGUUUCUGCAUUGUUGCUAUGUGUCUGCUAGUUUUCUAAUUAAUAAAAUCGUUUGAUAGUUGAAA